AUGCCAAUAGACAAAACACCGUUGUUUCGUGCUCAAGUGAAAAUGAUACGAACACAGGAAACAGUGCGAUUAAAACGAGCUCAGAUGCAAAAGCAGGAGCAGCAGCACCAGCAACAACAACAAACAAAAAAUUCUCAUAGCAGCUUCGACGAAAAAUUGGAGAAAACAUCAUCGCGCAAUCUCUCGAAUCUCAGUUUUAUAUCAUGUACAGUUGAAGCUCAAAGAAUUCGUCGGGAAUUAAUCGCUCUUCGAAGUAUAGUUAUCAGUGGAAGAAAGAAUUAUGUUUCCGAUAUUGGUCAUUCUAGACGGCUAAUAGCGUCGUACACAGACAGUAUGAAUGAUUUUGAACGAGACGAACUGGAUGCAAAAAUUAAGGAAAUGAUGCAAGAUUGCAUACAAUCGAUACAAACUUUACAACUCAAAAUCAGCAGCAGUAAUUUACGAGCUUUUGAUGAAGGCCCACAUUUGUUCCAGGUUUUGCGAUUGCUUGGCAAGCAUCUCAAUGGAACCGCAAAAAUUGUUGCUGAAAUGCGAGCUUUGCGAACAAAGAAGAUAAGCAAUACUAUGCGAACAUGCAGGUUGGCUACACUAGCACAGUUAUACAAUAUGAAAAAAAAAAGGGAUGAACUACUGAUGGUUAAUGGAAAUUCAAUUGAAACUAAAUCACUGAAGUCGGAUAUCUCGUCAAUUUCAGAUUCUGUACUAAAUGAUGCCAUAAUUUUUGGCAACGAUGGUUUGAGGAAGAGGGUUCCUCAGAAUAUGAAGAAAGGCGAAAUCAGGAAGUUAGAGCAGGAUGGAUGGUCCGAUACGCAAAUGACUGGUUUUGAAGAAGUUGAACAAGCAGAUGAUAUGGACGCACUUAAUAAUUUAGAUGACGAUGAGCGUGCCCAGCUUAUGAUUGAAAAUGAACGGUUAUAUUCUCAAUCUCUUCAAGUCGAUAGCGACAUUCAAAGGGUGGAAAAACAGAUGGCGGAAUUACAUCAGUUACAAACGACAUUUGCCGAGAAGGUUUCGGAACAAGAAAGGGAUAUAAAUGUUGUGAACGAAACAACAUUGCUAACGGUUGAAAAUAUUCGAAUUGGAAACGAACAGAUUCGUCAAGCAAUCCAAAACAUGGCAUCUAGACGUGUGAUUCUUUUGUUUUGUAUUAUUGUCCUCACUUUCACGUUACUUUUCUUAGAUUGGUAUAAUCCCUAA